GGGAUCGGGAUGCCCUAUUUACAGUUUUGUACGCAAUAGCCAACCAUACUUCAAGAAAAGAAGGGGAAAAAAAAAAAAAAAAAAGAGAGAAGGAAAAUGGCUGCAACGAGAUGGAUGAAAUGGAGUGAUAAUUUGAUCAAAAUGUCUGGUUGAAAGAAUCCGUGAUUGAUCAUGUGACACCUCGUGUUUUCUUGAUCUUUAUAUCUGUUCAGAGAUGAAAGAACAUGAAGAAAUUCCCUUUCGUUUUGUGGGGUAUGAGGUUUGGACGCAGCUGGCCAACAAGCUUGACCCUGACACAGGACUUAAUGGGAACAACUGGAGAAUGUUAGCGGAAAAGCUGGGCUAUUCCACUGAAGUGAUAUUGUGUUUGGAGUCCAAAAAGACCUCCCAUGGCAGGAACACUUUAACCUUAUUUGAGGAAUACAUCAAGAAGCGGGACUCGUCUGUCAAUGCCGUCAUCAAAGCCCUAGAUAGUAUGGAGAGAAAGGACGCAUUAGAAGUUCUACAGAACUCUCUGCCAGAGAUUGAGAGAAGAUAUAAAGCUGAUAUGAAGAGCAUGACCCUGAAACAGGAGCCCCAGGAACACAAUGAAUGCUCUCCUUGUUUUCAUUCUUUCCCAAAUGGCUCCUUACCCCCUUCCCACCACUCUAGUUAUCCUAGAUACAGUGUACCUUAUUCUCACAUAGCCCAUCGUAUGAACAUUGUUGGGCCCUCUCAUUCCAAUGCAUACAGUAAUCUGGAGCCAGACAUGCCAAAAAAGAUCAACACCCCAUCAGCCUAUUCUACAAAGCAUGUGGUCACUCAGGGCAUGUUCCGCAUGGGAACAAACUAUCAGCACUCAGGAACACACACAGGAAUGUCUACAAACGUUCGAGGAGGCAGCAUGGCAGUUCAGGUCGAUCGAAGUGAUAAUUACACCAGUGAUGAAAUUGAGAUGGGGGAACUGCCUAGUCAUGCUGGGAGAAUCCGUGAUGACCCCCAGCCACUGCCUGCUGGGAUUUACAGAGGCCAAUACAUGAAUUCUCUUAGUCAUGUUCCUAACAUGGUCAACUCUCAGGACAUGGCGGUGGCCAGUGAGGAAGUGGUGGACACCAGCCCCAGUUUCAUGGAAACCACGGUGCCACAGCAUGGGUCCUUAAAGAGGCAGAACUCUGUGGAAUCCAAUGCAAGACAACCAGUCAAUGAGAUGCAUGCUAAAAAAGCAGAGUCCAACAAAAAGCUAGCACUGAACAUUCCCACUACAUUUAACAGAAACCACAUGCAGCCAAUGAAGCCCCAAGAUGCCUUCAUCAGCCCAAGUCCCAGUCAGACCCCAACAUCAUCACAGAAUCCUUUAGAUAAACUCCGACAGAUCACAGGAUCCAACUCAUACAUGCCAGAUGAGAAAUACCAGAGCAUGAUCGAAGAGAAGAACCGUGAAGAGAUGUUGUAUAACAGAAGUGGGUCAGAGGAGCCAUUCAGGAAAGUCCCCACUUCCUCAUGUCAAUACGAGGCAGACCACAGGAGGGGGGCAGGGCAACAGUGUGGGGAAUGGUUUAACUUCAAAUCCUGUCCUAGGGGAAACUAUCAGGCUGCCAACAACCUCAAGCUGACAAAAGAUGGCCCCAGCACCUUUCCUCUGAGGUCAAAGUCGCUGACCACGUGUAUGGGUAAUGAGGAAGAUUCCCAGGAAUGCUCUAACUUGUCUAAGUCACAGUCUAUGCCUCACGACAUGAAACCAGCUGAAUACAGAAAAGACAUGUAUGUUGUAUCUAACGUCAUAGACUCAUUUCGACACAUUAAGGUAUUUGUGACAUAUUCUACCGACUCAAAGCGCCACAUUCAGAAAGUCCUGAAUCUGUGUCGGUGUAUAGAGAAGAAUGGCUUCACAUGCUGCAUGGACAUGUAUGAUCGCCGAAUGCCAACUGAGGACAAACUUGGCUGGGUCAAGGAGAGGUUUGAUGAGGCUGAUUUCAUUCUCAUCUGUGUAUCAGAGAGCUACGUCAAUGAGACUGAGCGAGGCCAAGCGGAGUCAAUUGAGUCCUCCACAGACAAACAGUUGCACACGGACUACAUCUACCAGCUGAUGGUGCUUGAGUACAACCAGAUUGGUCGGAACCGCCGCUUCAUCCCCGUUAUGUUGGACGGCACCACGGAAGAACAUAUCCCCUCUUGGCUGCAGAGUACUCUUUUCUACAAAUGGCCCACGCAUUUCCGUGAUCUUUUGUGGUUUCUUACCAAACCAGAAACUCGUAUCAAAACAAAGACAUUGACUGAGCAGAAGUCCUCAGAAGAAGAGGAAAUGCUGCCAGAUUCACCUCCAGCAGCAGCUGCAACUUGAAUGCAAUUUGGUAGUUUGAUGGAGUAACAGUGACCUGUUGACUCUAGCUGGGAGUGGGUAUGCAGUUGGCAUGUGACAUAAAGUGAACAAAAGUCUUCCCAUUCAGUGGAGGCUUUAUUUCCAAAUUCCUGCAAGUGCCAUGGAAACCAUGCCAACAACACAAGGAGGGUCACCAGUUGUUCUGGUCCCUUUCCACUCUAACAUACAUUGUUUUAUUUGUGUAUCAUUUUGAAGAGAGAAAAACAACACAGAUUUUUUUUUAUACAUCACUUCUGAUUGAUGUUGUAUGCACUGACGUUUUGCUGUUAUAGUAUUUAAUGAACACCAGUCUGGCUUGGGUUGAACACUGGCCUCUUGGCUGUUGUAGUAUUUAAUGAACAACAGUCAGGCUUGGGUUGAACACUGGCCUCUCGGCUGUUGUAGUAUUGUAUGAACAGUCUGGCUUGGGUUGAUAUAAGAGGUCGUCAUGUUUGUUUACCUUGCAUAUUGGAAUGGCAUCCCAGUGGGUUUUUUUUUAUUUAUUAUGAUCUCAUUAUCCCUGAAUAAAUGGCGAAAUUAUGAAGAAUUGAAUUAGGAUCUGAGAAAGAUGAAUGGGGUGAAAAUUGUUUAUAUUUCCAGUUUAACAUUUCACUAUGUAGACCCUGUCUAUAAAACAACAUUAGUACAGGAUAGUGAUGUAUUGUACACAAGGUGUUAGACCCUGCCUAUAAAACAACAUUAUAGUGCAGGAUAGUGAUGUAUUGUACACAAAGAAAACUGUUACAUGAUUGUGUGUUUCUGUCCAGAGUACUUUGUAAAUAUUAUUUUUUUCAAAUAUGUUUAGUAACUUGAUAUUAAGUGAUAGAAAUAUAUUUAAGAUGUGCAUUUUAUAUAUUCAAUUGAAAAGCUGUUGAUAUAGAUAUUUCCAAAUAUUUGAUAAACAUGGUCAUAUUGGUGCAUAUGAUAUAUUAAGAUAUAUAUAUAUAUAUAUAUAUAUAUAUAUCCAUAUAUAAAGUCAAAAAAUAAAAUCCAAUACUUAAACUUUUAUCUAUAGCGCUUUCGCCCUGCGGGCUCGUCAGUAGAUUUUUAAACAUAAAAAUAAAAGUUUGAGUAUUGGAUUUUAUUUUUUGACUUUAUUCUACCCCGAUACCAAGAAAAAAGAAUUUAUUGAAUUUAUUGAAUAUAUAUAUAUAUAUAUAUAUAUAUAUACAUAUAUAUAUAUUUUUGUGGUGGGUUUUUUUUUUUGUGAUUUGAGGAGUUUUUGAGAUAAUUGUAUGCAGGUUUGAGGACAAUUGAAUUUUUUAAUCAUGGAUUUUGGUGCCAGAAUGUUAUGCUUGUUCCACAUUCAAAUUUAAUUGAAUUAAACAUUUACAGUGCCCAUCAAGAUUUAUAAUCUUACAAACGUUUCGUGUGCCAUGAAAUAACUGUGAAAUGCUUUGAUUUUAUAAUAUUUUGUUUAUACAUGUACAUGUAUGUGCCAGAUUUACUUACUGGAAUCAUGUAAUUGAUCUGUCUGUUAAUCUAUCUAUUCAAAAAAUUAAUUAAUGCACUUUACUUUCUUACCCUGAGACUUUUAUACCCUCAAAAUAGAGACUUCAAAUACAUGUAUAUCAAUUUAUUUAUUAUGGGCAUUCAACUUGUAGGAGAUCCAAGGAAUAUAAGGGUUAGAUUUUAUAGUUCAUUUAAAAUUGUGAUCAUCUUUUUGCUAAAUAUGAAGUUUUUACCUUAAUUAGUAUGUGUAUAGCUUGAACCUCCUUAAAAUAACAAUUUCAAACAUCAGAUUUAUAAUCUGCUGGAGAUACAUGUAGGUCACUGGUAAGAGUGGAAUUUAGCUACCACUUGUGACAUUGUAUUUCAUAAAUAAAUCUUAUUUUACAACUCAAGUUUGGAAAAUAAUUUUUUGUGGAAUAUCUAAAUGUACAGGAAACUUUUUUUUAUCAUUUCAUUUAUAUAUUUCAACAUUUUGCAAUUGUUUGACAGGGAAAGUGGGGGGUGUUGAGGAAAAUGAAAUUUUUGAGAUAGCUUUUCUUUGUACAAUGUAGUAUGAAUAUGUGGUACAAGGUCGGGAAAUUCACAAAACAUUCUGAGCCUAACAGGAUAUUUCCAUGAUAAAUAUAGCGGUCAUAAAUACAUGAAAUAUAUUACUUCCAUGAAAAUCUGAAGAGAAGAUUUUGGAGGGUUUCAGUUUGAUCAUGUUAUUGCAUUAAGUUUCAACAUAAAUUUAAAUGUCCAGCUCUAGGUUAGAAUGCAUGAAUGGAUACAGGGAAGCUUUUCAUGAUAGAUAUGCAUUGUAGCAAUAAUAAAUCUUGUAAAAACUAUAUCACUAAUUUCUAUGACAUUUUUAAAAAGAAUAUCCAAUCUCCUUAAAAUGGUUCUCCGAUUAUUUGUUUGUGUGAUAUAUUUAACUUAUAUUGAGGUAUGAUAGUUCCAUUUUCACACCAUAUUUUGCUUCAGUGUCUUAUUUUAAAUUUAUGAAUAUUUUACUUCACAAAAAAUAAAGGACAUUCCACUUUUUAAAAAAAAAUUAUCGUGCAUUAUUUUCUGUUGAAAAAGAUUUAUAUGGCAUUUUGGGGGCAAAACUUUGGGCAUUCCAUUGUUAUUCCUAUGAAAAUUUAGUAAGCAUUCCAAGAUAUAACAAAUAUUUUUGUCCAGGUCUUGAUGCCCAGUAAUAUUCAUCAUUAAUACCUAGUGACGGUCAUCA